GCAGCUUUGUAUGGCUCAUGUCUGACAACAUGCACCACCAGUGGCUGCUGCUAGCUGCAUGCUUUUGGGUGAUAUUCAUGUUCAUGGUUGCUAGCAAGUUUAUCACAUUGACUUUUAAAGACCCAGAUGGCUACAGUGCCAAGCAAGAGCCACUGAUACUGACAGCUGUGACAAAAUUGGAGGAGGUACGUGUGCCAGAGGAAAAACAUUGGCCUGAAGAAUUCCAGCCAACUGGAAAAGCUUUUUCUGCAAAUCUGAUCCGCCAGCCCCUGGUUCAUAUGGAAAGAUUUGAGCUUCUCAGGAAUGUCUGCAGAGACACUGCGUUGAGAAAUCUCUCUCACACUGCAGUUUCCAAAUUCGUCUUGGACCGAAUAUUUGUGUGUGACAAGCACAAGAUCCUGUUUUGUCAGACGCCAAAAGUGGGCAACACUCAGUGGAAAAAAGUCUUGAUCGUUUUAAAUGGAGCAUUUUCUUCCAUAGAAGAGAUCCCAGAAAAUAUUGUACACGACCAUGAGAAGAAUGGCCUUCCACGCUUGUCCUCCUUCAGUGACUCUGAAAUUAAAAAACGACUGAAUUUAUACUUCAAGUUUUUUAUUGUUAGAGAUCCAUUUGAAAGACUUAUUUCUGCAUUUAAAGACAAGUUUGUGAACAAUCCUCGGUUUGAACCUUGGUACCGGCAUGAAAUUGCUCCUGGCAUUAUUCGUAAAUACAGAAAGAAUCGCACAGAGACCAAAGGACUGCAGUUCGAGGAUUUUGUGCGCUAUCUGGGUGACCCUAAUCACCGAUGGCUGGAUGUUCAGUUUGGUGACCACAUCAUUCAUUGGGUAACAUAUGUGGAACUCUGCGCCCCCUGUGAAAUCACAUAUAGUGUGAUUGGACACCAUGAAACCCUGGAGGACGAUGCUCCGUAUAUCUUGAAAGCAGCUGGCAUAGACCAUCUGGUAUCAUACCCCACAAUUCCACCAGGCAUAACAGUGUACAACAAAACAAAAGUAGAGCGGUAUUUUUCGGGAAUUAGCAAGAGAGACAUAAGACGCCUCUAUGCACGGUUUGAAGGAGAUUUUAAACUGUUUGGUUAUCGGGAGCCAGACUUCUUGCUUAACUGACACCUAGGAUAAGGUCUGAAGAAGUGUCUCAUGGCUUGAUCUAAACCUGCGUGAAUACCACCUGCAACACUGACAGAGCUGAGAAUGACCAUUUGUUUUCUAUCUUUUUGAUGUUGCUCCAUUUUUCAGUGAAGUAUUUGUCACAUGAACAAGUAGGGGCUUCUAGUUGUUGUUUUCUGACCAUGUUUUCAAUAUGUGACAUUGCAAUUGAAGUCUCUGUUAUCUGAAAUACAGAAUUCUGCUUCUCCCCUCUUCCCUCCUGGAAAAAAGAGAGUGAACGAAUGGGCUAUGGUCUUCCCCUCCUUCUCCCAGACAGAAUGCCGUUUUUAAAGUGUUGUGAAGUAUUUAUAAAGAUGGCAGUUUCACUGUAGGUUAACUCUGACAUGUGGGUGAACUUGAUGAUUCAUGCUCAUGAGAAAGGCAUAUAGUCUCCCAUGAGCUUUGAAAAUGAGAGGCCAGUACAGGACUAAAAAUUGAUUAUAUGCUUGACAAAAUCAUCUAGGUUCUGUCAUGUGGCUGCUAUAAUAACAGUAAUACUGAUCUAAUUCCAUUCUUGUUUGUCACAAAAUGAACCUAAAAGACAGAAGCUUUAGAAGUGUUAAAAAAGGGACUGGUUUCAGAGCCCAGUGAUCUUUGUAUUUUUGUCAAGUGUUUACUGUACUUACUACUGAUCUAUUGAGCCUCAUAAUUAUGCUUUUGAUUUUCAAGAUAUUACUUAACUCCCAGCUGUGUAAGUUUUCUGAGAAUAUCAGAUGCAAAUGGAGCAUAGAAGAAAUGUGAAACUGCUAGGGAAACUUCAAGGAAAAUUAAUUUAAAAUAAAGUAUUAAUUGUAUUUGUGGGAGCACAUGUAGAAUCAUGAGAUGCUCUCAUAGAAUUUAACUUGUUUUGUCUUCUAACAGUUAAGAUUAAUAAAGAAGCCACAAAAGCAGGAUGUCAUAU